CUCUCUCUCUCUCUCUCUCUGAUAAAUAAAUAAAUAAACAAACAAAUAAAUAAGUUCUUUAAAAAAUAAAAUACUCCAGAAAAAAAAAGUUGGACCUUAGAUAACGUAAAAAUAGCAGACACUGAUGGUUAUCAAAACUGGGUGAUACCCUUUUUCAUGGAAUUUGCUAGCCUUCGCAGGUUUUGCUUCCCCAUUCUAGAACCGGAUCACCAUGGCAACUGGACAGAAGUUGAUGAGAGCGAUUCGAGUUUUUGAAUUUGGUGGACCCGAAGUGCUGAAACUCCAGUCGGAUAUGGCAGUACCAAUUCCAACAGACCAUCAGAAAGGUGACAGGGUUUUCACUACUAGCACCAUCUCAGGGGGCUAUGCCGAGUAUGCUCUGGCAGCCGAUCACACCGUUUACACGCUACCAGGAAAACUGGACUUGAAGCAAGGAGCUGCCAUUGGUAUUCCCUAUUUUACUGCUUAUCGAGCCCUGCUCCACAGUGCCCGUGUGAAAGCUGGAGAAAGUGUUCUGGUUCAUGGGGCUAGUGGAGGAGUUGGACUAGCAGCAUGCCAAAUUGCCAGAGCUUACGGCUUAAAGGUUUUGGGCACAGCUGGUACUGAGGAAGGACAAAAUAUUGUUUUGCAAAAUGGAGCCCAUGAAGUGUUCAAUCACAGAGAACCUAAUUAUAUUGAUAAAAUUAAGAAAUCUGUUGGUGAAAAAGGAAUUGAUGUGAUCAUUGAAAUGUUAGCUAAUGUAAAUCUUAGUAAUGAUUUGAAUCUUCUGUCAUAUGGAGGACGAGUAAUAGUUGUUGGCAGCAGAGGUCCUAUUGAAAUAAACCCACGGGACACCAUGGCAAAGGAAUCUAGUAUAAUUGGAGUUGCUCUGUAUUCAUCAACUAAGGAGGAGUUUAGGCAAUUUGCAGCAGCCCUUCAAGCUGGAAUGGAAAUUGGUUGGUUGAAACCUGUAAUAGGUUCUCAGUAUUCGCUGGAGAAGGUGGCCCAGGCUCACAAAAAUAUCAUCCAUAACAGUGGAACUAGUGGGAAAAUGAUUCUUCUCUUAGAAUGACUAAUUCUUUCAUGUCUUCCUAAUGUAGUUAGAGGGUUCCUACCCCAGUUUUACUCACACUACCUUUGCUCUAAUCAGCAUUUGUUGGAUUCAGUGAGUUUCUCAUGUUAAAAAACAAGAUUUAUCUUUAGAGAUGCAGUCAUUGGAGUACAAUUUAUUUUACAGCUCACAAUAUUCUUUACGCCUCCCGCCUGCCUUGAAUCAAGAAGUCAUUAU